AUGCGUCUUUCUUACGCCGUGUCUCUUCUGCCUCUGGCGGCCUUCGUCGGCGCCCUCGAGGUCACCUCCCCCAAGAAGGGUGAAGAUGUCGAUCUUUCCAGCUCCUUCACUGUGACCUGGGAUUCCGUCUCCACCGACCCCACCACCUUCGACCUCUAUCUGGUCAACAACGCCGUCUACCCCACCGUAGAGAAGAAGGUCGCCUCCGACGUGGAAACCUCCAAGGGCUCCUACACCGUGUCCGACCUGUCCGGCGUUACCGAUGGCUCCGGCUACCAAAUCAACCUCCUCUCCACUUCCUCCACGAACAGCGGUAUUCUCGCCCAGUCCGAGCAGUUCACCGUCGAGGGUGGUUCCAGCUCUAGCUCCACCACCACCGCCAGCGCCUCCAUGACUACUUCCGCCUCUACUUCCUCUUCCUCUUCUGCUUCUUCCACGGGAACUUCUACUGCUUCCUCCACCCGUUCUGCCUCUGCUUCGGGUACUUCUACUGCCUCUGCCAGCGGUACCGAGACCACGGCGCCGGCUUCUACGGGCGCGGGUAUGGCUCUUGCUGCGCCGGUGUCUGUUGCUGCCGGUUUGGUGUUGGGUGUUGUGGCUAUGCAGUUCAUAUAUCCAUUACUUUUAUUUUUUCUUUUCACCGAGGAAGAUCCUGGUGUUUGGUAUCCGUGGUUCGGCAUUCUAGUCAAAAUCCCUGGAAUUGUUCCGUUCCAUGUGCGACCGGUUUACCAUGUGCACUGCACGUUAGACAGUGAGAGAGAGACUGAAAGAGAGAGAGCCACGGCCCCGGCACCUCCAACCGAGAAAGAACAGUUAGGCAGCUAG